CUGGGGAGCGCCGCAGUUGUCCUUGGGAGGGCAGUGGCGAUGAGCGGGACUGGCGUGCAUGGGGCUCUGCAGCUACUGCGGUCGCUGCCUAAGGUCAGCUUGGCCAACCUGAGGCCCAGCCCGGGUUCAAAAAAGCCGGAGAGAAGACGUGGCCGUGGACGAUACAGAGGUAGAAAGUGUGGUCGAGGUCACAAAGGGGAAAGGCAAAGAGGAAAUCGCCCCCGGUUAGGCUUUGAGGGUGGCCAGACUCCAUUUUAUUUGUCCAUACCAAAAUACGGGUUUAAUGAGGGACAUAGCUGCCGACGUCAGUAUCAUCCGCUCAGUCUUCAGAGGCUGCAGUACCUGAUUGAUUUGGGUAGAGUUGACCCUACGCAGCCGAUUGACUUAACACAGCUUACUAAUGCCAGAGGUGUAACAGUGCAACCUCUCAAACGGGAUUAUGGUGUCCAGCUGGUGGAGGAGGGUGCUGAUAUCUUUGCAGCAAAAAUAAAUAUUGAAGUGCAGAGGGCAUCUGAAUUAGCAAUUGCAGCUAUAGAAAAAAAUGGAGGUGUUGUUACAACGUCGUUCUACGAUCCAAGGAGUUUGGAGAUUUUAAUUAAGCCAGUCCCAUUUUUCCUGCGUGGCCGGCCUAUUCCAAAGCGAAUGCUUCCCCCUGAAGACCUGGUGCGUUACUACACAGAUGCCAAUAAUCGUGGGUACCUGGCAGAUCCAUCUAAGGUUGCAGAAGCCAGACUUGAACUUGCCAAGAAGUAUGGUUAUACCCUACCAGACAUAACUAAGGAUGAGCUCUUCAAAAUGUUAAGUACGCGCAAAGACCCUAGGCAGAUAUUUUUUGGUCUUGCUCCAGGAUGGAUCGUAAACAUGGCAGACAAGAAAAUUCUGAAGCCAACUGAUGAGAGGCUGCUAAAAUACUAUAGCUCAUGAUUUCAGGACUGGAGACAACUGCAGGUGUACAGGAAACAUCUGGAUAUGAAAUAAUGGAUACAAAGUGGUGUUUGUUUUUUUUUUUUUAAGACUCCUGUUACACCAGACAAAACAGAAGUUUUUGUUUAUGUAAUCUACUGGCGUAGCUUUUGCUCUUUUUGAUUGUCAGAACACCGUGUAUGAAAAAUCUGAACAUUUGGAAGCAGUGUGAAGUCUGAAAUAAAGCAUGUAUUUGGGCA